AUGCCGCUAAUCAAGCGGGCAGUCUCACCAGUAGACGUUAGUCGGGUAAAAAUACCACCAGAAGUUACAAAUGGAGAACUUCAAUACGUGGCAAAUAGCUCAUUGGCGAAUCUUAUUAGACAGUUGAGCUCUAUCAGCAAGCAUGCAGAGCACAUAUUUGGUGAAAUCUACUUAGAAGCGAUGAAGUUGGAUCAUAAAUCCAAUACCCUUGAAAAGCGGAUAGCAAACCUCACGGAAAAGGUGUCCAAGUUGGAUUCAACCAAUGAGCAGGGUGAGUAUGAACUUCUACUUCCUUCUUUUCAUUCUACUAAAAACCUUUAUCCUAUCAUGUAA